AUAUUAGGUAUAUAAAAAUGGGAAAGAAGACGAAGAAAAAUGUGAAUAAGGGAACUGCUGAAUCAAAGUUGAAAUCAGAAGUUGAUGAACCAACCGUAGUUUCAGCCACUGUAUCUUUAGCUGGUGUAGGAGACACUGUAAACAAGAAAGAGACUAAGGACGGAGCAGUAGUCAAUAUAGAAACUAUGUCUACAACGGAAAAUACUGCAGCGAAACGUGUCCGAAACCCUACAGGAGCAAUUAAAGAUAGCACAUCUGACAUUACACGAGCUGAGAUUCAACCUGUGAGGAACAUGUGUCCUGCAUCUGACAAGAUUUCCAGAGCGGAGAUUCAACCUGUGAGGAACAUGUGUCCUGCAUCUGACAAGAUUACUGGAGAUAAGAUUCAACCUGUGAGGAACAUGUGUCCUGCAUCUGACAAGAUUACUAGAGCUGAGAUUCAACCUGCGAGGAACAUAUGCCCUGCAUCUGACAAGAUUACUGGAGCUGAGAUUCAACCUGUGAGGAACAUGUGUCCUGCAUCUGACAAGAUUACUAGGGCUGAGAUUCAACCUGUGAGGAACAUAUGCCCUGCAUCUGACAAGAUUACUGGAGCUGAGAUUCAACCUGUGAGGAACAUGUGUCCUGCAUCUGACAAGAUUACUAGAGCUGAGAUUCAACCUGUGAGGAACAUAUGCCAUGCAUCUGACAAGAUUACUGGAGCUGAGAUUCAACCUGUGAGGAACAUGUGUCCUGCAUCUGACAAGAUUACUAGAGCUGAGAUUCGACCUGUGAGGAACAUGUGUGCUGCAUCUGACAAGAUUACUAGAGCCGAGACUCAACCUGUGAGGAACAUGUGUCCUGCAUCUGACAAGAUUACCAGAGCUGAGAUUCAACCUGUGAGGAACAUGUGUCCUGCAUCUGACAAGAUUAUUAGAGCUGAGAUUCAACCUGUGAGGAACAUGUGUCCUGCAUCUGACAAGAUUAUUAGAGCUGAGAUUCAACCUGUGAGGAACAUGUGUGCUGCAUCUGACAAGAUUACUAGAGCUGAGACUCAACCUGUGAGGAACUCAAGUUCAACUUCUGUAGGAACUGAGUCUAAUAUCAGGAUGGAGAUGUGUCCGAUGACUGUAGGAGGUGCAAAUCCAACCAUGGUUAAUGUGUUUUCUUCAACUAAAGAGAACAACAAUGAAGUACAGAAUGAAGCAAUAAUACAAAACCGUUCUGUGUCCAUUGCUGAUCACCGAACAAGGGGCAAGAAGCGACCGGAGGAUAACAAGAACGACAAGCUGCCUGGAAUCAAAAAUCAAGAUAAUGACUUGGAUACUGAACAUAAGAAAGAAGUUGACGAUCAAACUAAGGCUGAGAUGAAUCCUGUCUCUACCGGAAAAGUAAUCCUGGCAAAAGAAGAAGACGCUGAGAGUGAGAGGAAUAAAGAAAAGGUUUGGAACCUGAGUACAAAUGAGAAUAAGAUCAGAUGUAAUGAGAACAAGCUUAAGAUGGAUGGGAAAGCUGAGUAUACUAUCCAUAAGGAAAACUUGAACCAAGAGGUUGUGCAGAAGGGAUCAGAAGUUGGGGUAGUUCCUGUAUCAACCAGACAGUAUUGGGAUCAUGGUUCUGGACCUAAGGUUAUUCAUGGUCGAUAUCACAAUCCAAACCGUUAUCGAAGCUUACAAGAUGGAAUGCUUGAAAACCAGUACGAUAUCAAUUACAGGAGGUAUAAUGCCCCAGCUCUAAGGAAGUUUAAUCCAGUCGGAGAAACUGAAAGACGACGCUAUGACAAUUUUCCUCCCUCACACCGUCGUGGCGGGAAGAGAGGAGCUCACAUUAGUAGAGGAGAUCAUUGGCAAGGUCCCAACAAACAGAGCGGAGGCUAUCCGGGACGCUCAGGAAUACAGUCGACUCCCAAUGAUUUUCGACCUAGGGAAUUCUUUCAUGAAAGUACUCCAAGGUUUUUCAAUCCAGGUUUUCAAGUGUUCAGUGAUCCAUCUGUUCCUGCUCAUCCUACUCCUUACUAUCCGAACCCUGAUCCGUAUACCAUAGUUGGAGCUGGUGCUCAAGGUUCGCACACUCAGCUCAUUUACUCCAAUGAUUAUCAGAUUGAUCCGAGUCAAGAUCAUAGCUGGUCUGACAGAGAUCGAUCCCCUAACGGAAUCCAGUUUCAGGAAAUGAUAAAAGGUCAAGAUAUGCUGAGAAUGAACGUCAAUGUACCAGAGUUUGUGCCAAGAUUUCCAGUUCCGGUUCCACACUUUCUCCUUCCUCAAGAUCAAGCAGAUUAUAUGUUUGACGCCAGUAAUAUUGAUGUAUUCAACCCACCAGAUCUGUUCAACAACACAGCUCUUCCAACAUUUUUGGGGUCACCAGUCUUUGUUACAGAAGUUCAGUGUUCUAACACAUUCAUGGAGGAUAAGGUAGAAUUCGUCUCUGUAGACCUCGCCUGUAAUGUACAGCAAAGAGGAGACCAUGAUACAGAAGAGUAUGAGGGUAAAGACCUUGAAAUGCCGACAGAAACUAAAAGAGAAGGAACGAAUAUCAUGGGAGUACCAUCUACCAACCCAGUAGUACAAACAAGGAACACUGAAGUACAAUCUAGCAACACUGAAGUACAAUCAAGCAACACUGGAGUAAAUUCCCGUAAGAAGAUCAAGAAAGUUCAAAAGGAAUUUGGUAAAAAAGAGUCUGUGGAAAAGAAAACAGAUGUGCCUAAAGACAAGAUGGAGAACGAUGUACCCGAUGGCAAGAGCGGAAAAGAUUUAGAUUUGGAACCAAACAGGAUUACUGUUCACCAAGAAAUUCCAAAGGAGAUCACAACCAUUAAACAUCCUCUGCACCGGAACUGGACUCUUUGGUACUGUAAGCAGCAGGCUGGUAAGGAUUGGAACGAUUGUCAAAUGAAGAUUAUGGAUUUCAACACUGUGGAGGAUUUCUGGGCUCUCUACAACUAUACACAAUCUGUUGCUGAAAUUUAUAAUGCUGAUUACAGUAUCUUCAGAGAAGGCAUCUUCCCCUGCUGGGAUGACAAGAUGAACAAGAAUGGGGGUCGCUGGGUCUACUCAUACAGACACGAUGACAGAAACGGGAGUGAAACUCUGGAAAUGCUGUGGAAAUUUUUGGUUCUUGGUCUGAUUGGUGAAAAUGGUCCAGCACCUGUACAUAACCAGAUGAACGGUGUGGUGGUAAGUGUCAGAGAUUUGCACAAGCCUAGUAAACUGGGAGUCUGGGUCAACAGUGACGGAACCUACAACAGGAUGCAGAUCCUAUCUUAUGUUCUCGAGGCAUUAGCUCUGGUUUUGGAUAAGAAGUGGGUGUUCACCAAAUUCAACGAGUUGAACACCACUGACAGCAGCAAGAAGAAGAGAUUCCAGAAUUAAGUCUGAUUCAGAAGCUUUAUGUACAUUGUACAAUCAAUGUUAUUUUUUAAUUUUUUUUUCUUGGUUUUUGAUUGUUUGCGUACAUACAACAUUAUUUCUGUUAUGAAUAUUAGGCAUGUGCUCUUAACUUUGAAUUUAGUUAAAAACUGUUAAGAAAAUUUAUUCUUGUGAUAAUUUUUACAAUAUUUUCAGA